GAUUUGAGUAUUGGAAAUGAAUAACUAGUAGUUUUUCAGUGGCUCUUGUGAAAUAAAAACACACCUUUGAGUUGAGAAUCUGAAUUUUAGAUGGUGUCUGUAAACUUCUAGUAGAUUAUUUUUUUUCCUUUCAAUUAAGAUUGUUGGGAAUAUGAAGGAAGAACCACGAUUGAUAAUGUUGUUUACUGUGGUAAAGAAUCUUCAGAGAUUAGGUUAUGUGCUAAAGAUUUUUGCAGUAGGGAAUGGUGAAGCACAUUCAAUGUGGGAGCAAAUAAGUGAUCAGAUUUCAGUUUUAGGUCCAAAGCAAUAUGGUCACAUUGAUUGGUCAAUUUUUGAAGGUAUUAUUGCCGAUUCUCUUGAAGCAAAAGAGGCUAUCUCAAGCCUUAUGCAGGAGCCUUUUGAUUUAAUACCUCUUAUAUGGAUAAUUCAAGAAGACACUCUUGGAAAACGUCUUGCAAUGUAUAAGGAGAUUGGCUUGGAGCAUCUUGUUUCUAAUUGGAAAAAUGCUUUCAGUAGAGCCAAUCUUGUUGUGUUCCCUGAUUUCUCCCUUCCGAUGUUAUAUAGUGUGCUUGACAGUGGAAACUUCUUUGUAAUUCCUGGAUCACCAGUGGAUGUGUGGGCUUCAGAAAGCUACAGUAAGACCCAUGCAAAGCAUCGAAUAAGGAAGGACCAUGGGUUCAAUGAUGAUGACAUGGUGGUUUUAGUUGUUGGAAGUUCUUUCUUCUUUGAUGAGUUAUCAUGGGACUAUGCUGUGGCAAUGCAUGCCAUUGGACCUUUGCUAAUCAAAUAUGCAAGAAGGAAUGAUGCUGGAGGAUCUUUUAAAUUUAUUUUCUUAUGUGGGAAUUCUACGGAUGGAAAUAAUGCUGCUUUACAGGAAGUUGCUUCGCGGAUGGGACUUCCUAAAGGUUCACUUAGGCAUUAUGGCUUUAACAGUGAUGUGAAUGGGAUUUUAUUAAUGACUGACAUUGUUCUCUAUGGUUCUUCCCAAGAAGAACAGGGUUUCCCUUCAUUAAUUAUCCGAGCCAUGACUUUUGGUAUCCCAUUUAUCACGCCUGAUUGUGCUAUCAUGAGAAAAUAUGUUGUUGAUGGAACUCAUGGGAUUUUUUUCCCAAAACAUGACCCUGAUGCUUUGUUACGGUCUUUCUCGCUCUUGAUAUCAAAUGGGAGGCUCUCUAAAUUUGCUCAGACAGUAGCUUCUUCUGCAAGGCUGCUUGCUAAGAAUAUCUUGGCAUCAGAAUGCAUAACUGGUUAUGCUAAGCUUCUAGAGAAAGUAGUCAAUUUCCCAUCAGAUGUCUUGCUGCCAGCUCCCGUUUCUCAAAUUCGACAGGUAUCAUGGGAGUGGAAUGUGUUUAGGAAGGAAAUUGAACAGGGAACUGGUGGUUCUUCCACAAACUCUAGCAUUGUUUAUUAUCUUGAGAAAGAGUUCACCAAUCAUGUUGUCUCAUCUAACAUCUCUGAGAAUGAAACUGAGAUUCUGGAACAAGAUUUCCCUAGUGAAUUUGACUGGGAUGUAUUAAAGGAAGUAGAAGACUUUGAAGAGUAUGAGAGACUUGAAUCAGAGGAGCUCAAAGAGAGAAUGGAAGAAAAUUCUGGUGUAUGGGAUGAGAUAUAUCGCAAUGCUCGGAAAUCUGAGAAACUUAAGUUUGAGGCAAAUGAAAGAGAUGAGGGUGAGCUAGAAAGGACUGGUCAACCAGUAUGCAUUUACGAGAUAUAUAGUGGGACUGGGGCAUGGCCAUUCUUGCACCAUGGUUCUUUGUACCGUGGACUAAGUCUUUCAAGAACAGCAAUAAGAUUGAGAUCAGAUGAUGUGGAUGCAGUUGUUCGACUUCGCAUUUUGAAUGACACUCAUUAUCGGAACAUACUUUGUGAGAUUGGAGGAAUGUUUUCUAUUGCAUACAGGGUUGAUAACAUUCACAGGAGACCGUGGAUUGGGUUUCAAUCAUGGCGUGCAGCUGGUAGGAAGGUAUCGUUGUCCCCCAAAGCCGAAAAAAUUCUUGAAGAAACAAUACAAGGAAGUAAAGGAGAUGUUAUAUACUUUUGGUCACGCCUAGACAUUGAUGGCAGCAUUACAGGCACUGGAACCAGUGAUUUACUAACAUUUUGGUCUAUGUGUGAUGUGUUAAAUGGAGGAAACUGCAGAACUGCUUUUGAAAAUGCUUUUCGCCGGAUGUAUAUCUUGCCAUCACAUGUGGAAGCUCUUCCCCCCAUGCCCGAAGAUGGUGGUCAUUGGUCUGCAUUGCAUAGCUGGGUUAUGCCAACUACUUCAUUUCUGGAGUACAUAAUGUUCUCAAGAAUGUUUGCUGAUUCACUUGAUGCAGUGCAUGUCAACUCCAGUGAGGUUAAUGUGUGUUUGCUGGGUUCCUCAGAGCUUGAGAAAAAGCACUGUUACUGUCGGAUGCUGGAACUUCUGGUCAAUGUCUGGGCUUAUCAUAGUAGGCGGAGAAUGGUUUACCUAGACCCGCGCACAGGUUUGCUAGAAGAUCAACAUCCGAUUGAACAAAGAAAAGAAUAUAUCUGGGCUAAAUAUUUUAACUUUACAUUGUUAAAGAGUAUGGAUGAAGAUCUAGCUGAGGCUGCAGAUGAUGGCGAUCAUCCUAGGAAGAUGUGGUUGUGGCCAUUGACAGGGGAAGUUCAUUGGCAAGGGAUUUAUGAAAGAGAAAGGGAAGAAAGAUACAGGCUGAAGAUGGACAAAAAACGGAAAAUGAAGGAGAAACUGUUUGAAAGGAUGAGAUAUGGAUACAAGCAGAAAUCACUUGGAUGAUAUGGUAGGACACUAGGGAACCACAGAUGGCUUAUUCUGACUUUUUGGAACAAGAAACUCUUGACACAGAUACUAAACACGGGUAUCAAAUCUAUCUUUCCUCAAGUCAGAAAAUGGGAAGAAAAGCUGCAGAGCAGAAAAGCAUUAGUUAUUGCAUCAGAACAGUAUCAGUAUUUCCUACUUCUCAUUCUUUAUCGUGUAGAUCAUUAGAACAGGUGGAAGGGUAGACAAAAAUAGCUUUCUAGCAGUUCCGAUUCAAUAGCAUUUUGGGUCGUUUGCUAAGUUACUCGGAGAGGCAUAAGGAUAGCAGGUUUUCUCCUUUUCCUUUUAGGGAUACAGAGCAAUUGAAAUUCUUUUUCACCACACAGAGAUUCAAUUGAGCAGACAUAUUCUUUAUCAUUUGUAUUUAUCAUUUGUAUAUAUUAUUGGGGGAAAAAAAAUGAGGCAAUUUUGA